CACUCCCAGUGCCCAUAACCGCACUCCCAGUCCCUCCCAGUCCCCCCCCGCCAUGUCCUCCUGCGCCGCCGAGGUUCUCCGUUUCCAGCUGCCGGGCCACGAGGCCGCCGCCCUGCGCUCCAUGACGCGCCUUCGGGCCGAGGAGCGCUUCUGCGACGUCACCAUCGUGGCCAGGAGCCUGCGCUUCCGCGGCCACCGGGUCAUCCUGGCCGCCUGCUCGCCUUUCCUGCGGGAUCAGUUCCUGCUGAACCCGGCGGCCGAGCUGCGCGUGUCGCUGGCUCACAGCGCUCGCGUCUUGGCCGACCUGCUGCUCUCGUGUUACACGGGAGCGCUGGAGUUCGCCGGCAGGGACCUGGUGAAUUACCUGACGGCCGCCAGUUACCUGCAGAUGGAGCACGUGGUGGAGCGCUGCCGGGGGGCGCUGGCUCGUUUCAUCCAAGCCCCGCCGGCCACACCCGCUCAGCCGCCCAAACCCGAGGAGGACGAGGAAGAGGAGGAUGAAGAGGACGCGGCUCCCGACGUUUGCAUCGUGAAGGUGGAGCCGGCCGUGACGCCGCGGCGCCGGGGGCGGAGGUGGCCGGCCGUGGUCGGCGGGGAGGCGGCGGUGGCCGCUCCGGGAGGGCCGGCGGUGGCCGGGGCGGUGGCCGCGCAGGCGGAGCCUCCGUGCCCUCCGCAGCUGGGGGUGGUCAAGGCUUGUUACAGCCUGGCCGAGGAUGCCGAGGGCGAGGGGUUGUUGAUUUUUCCCGGCGGAGGCGGCGGCGGCGGAGGAGGAGGAGGCGGCACCGAGGAAACCGCGGGGAGCGCCGGCGCUGUCGGAGCCUCGGGGGCCACCACGGCGGCUCCAGCGGUAGCCACGCCUUCUCCAUCUUCAUCCUCAUCAUCCUCCCGCUGCGGCAAGUGCGGGGAGGCUUUCCAAGGCGUGGAGAAACUCGUGUUCCACAUGCGAGCCCAACACUUCGUCUUCAUGUGCCCGCGCUGCGGCAAGCAGUUCAACCACAGCAGCAACCUGAACCGGCACAUGAACGUGCACCGGGGCGUCAAAUCGCACGGCUGCGGCGUCUGCGGCAAGAGCUUCACGCAGAAAUCCACGCUGCACGAUCACCUGAACCUGCACAGCGGCGCCCGGCCCUACCGCUGCUCCUACUGCGACGUGCGCUUCGCCCACAAGCCCGCCAUCCGGCGGCACCUGAAGGAACAGCACGGCAAAACCACGGCUCAGAACGUUCUGGAAGCCGGAGCCGCCGAGGGGGGGGUGUUGCUGCGCUGA